AUCGCGGCCAUGGCAUUUAAGCAAGGUUUGCCAACGGCCUCAUCUAUUUACCAAAGGAACAACAAUAGUCGACGUUUGCAACAACAUCAUAUGUCUGCUGGUAUGCCGGGUGUUUUGGGUGGCAGUGGUGGUAGUAGUAGCGUUGGUGUUGGUAUUGGUAUGAUGGGUGGUGGUGAGAAGCCGCUAACAUUUUCCACCUCAAAAUCGACAACAGCAAAUGCGAAUGCCAACAAUCAGCAUCAAUAUACAAAUUAUAUGAAUUGCGACAACAACAAUAGAAAUAGUAGUUAUAAUAAUGCCGCCGGCGCCGCAGCUUCCAACGCUGUUGCCAGCAAUACCACGACAGUCACAGCCACCAUUCCCAAUAGCAACGACAACAACAAUUAUACUUACAAUAAUAAUUCAUGCAAUACAACAACUGCAACAGCAACAACAACAACAGCGGACGCCGAUGACAGCGACGAUCUGUUUAUGAUGUGCGAUAACACAACAACAACUAUUAAUUCAUAAACAAAAAAUCUUUUAAUUAUAAGGAUUCACAUAUAUAUAAACAUAUAUAUAUAUAUAUAUAUAAAUAAAUAUAUAGCCUAGCUUGUAAGGAUACUUAAAGCAGCGAGUCGAUGUGGUUACAUACAACCACAAUCAUUUGCGUGUAUACAUACAUAUAUACGGCCUAUGGCUUAACUCCACAACUCAUUUUCACAUUUAAUUACAAAUAUUGGCGUACAGAGUGCAAGUGUAUUGUAUUGGAAUUACAUAUACCCAUAUAUAAAUAGGGUGAUUUAUUUCGUGGAGAAGUUUUUACAAACAAGAUUUGGGGACAUUUUUGAAGCAUACGGCAGUACACGAGCGCUACACGGCACAUAACGUUAUAUCAUAACAUACAUACCAUACAACGGGCCUGUUGCUGCUUUGAUUGCCAGGAAUUCUCUUCACCCAUAUACAUACAAAUAUGUCUAUAUUGGCCAAUCAAAAUAAUUUAAGCAACAUUUUAAUCCUUCUCCUCUACAUACUAGAACCGUCUUCAACUUCUACUCUUAAGCAACUCUACCUAACUCUAUGGAUAACAAUUCGCAAAUAAUUGUUAUUUAACUCUUUUUUUGCAGCGAUUUAGCGAAAGAGUGAUGCAAGCGCUGUGUUGCAACGUUUGACAACAACAAAAACAACUGAAUUUUUUAUGUUAGGCUUUUACUACACUUAUAUCUCGACCGCAUAUGCUGCUGACCUGACCACACAACACAACUUGACUAACUACGGUUUUAUGUUUACAUACAUACAUACAGUCGUAUUUACGCCAUAUACAAACUAUAUACUAGACUACAACAACUAGAAAAUAUUGCUAAAAGAAAUCUUUUUCUUACUACACUUUUCGAAGAAAAACAAAAACGAAAACAAUAUGUUUCUUAAAAAACAAAUUUCUUUAUCCACAAUACAACUUCAAACACACCACUUUAUUUCAAUCCAAACCACUACUCUUCCUUCCCCACCAUUACCAACCCACACACUUUACCCCCCUCCACACAACUUCCUUUCGUUUUUAUGAAAUUCGACUCGUCUCAACUUUAAAACUUAAGCUCGUCUGUUAAUUGAAAUUAAAUUGAUACAAAAAUGCAAGUAUAUUGAAAGUGUUACUUAAUGCUGAAUAGAAAAAAGCCGAAAAAACUAAAGAAGCAACAAACAAAGAUGCGUAAGAAAGAAAGAAAAGUGAAAAACAGAAACUGGAGAGAAAAAAGGUAAAGAAAAAAUUUAAUAAUCAUUACAAAAAAGUUUCAAAAUAUUUCCAAAUUACAUUUUAUCCAUAAUUUACAUUAAAUAAAAGAAUCAAAUAAACUAAAAGAAAGUUACAGAAAUAAAGCGCAAAAAAAUA